AUGUCAAAUCAUGAUAAUAAUAAUAAUACCACCUCAGUGAAUAACAAUGGUAAUAGUAUAAAAACAAUUAAAGAGAAUAUUCAAGCAUGUAUGGAGAUAUAUUAUCAUUUAAAGAGUACAUUGGGACCUUUUGGUAGAGAUAAAUUAAUAGUUGACAAGAAUAAUAAUUAUCUAUCAACCAAUGACGGAGCAACAAUAUUACAAUAUUUAAAAAUUACACACCCAGCACCAAGAUUAUUAAUUGGUAUUGCAAAAUCACAAGAUGAAACAGUUGGUGAUGGUACCACAAGUGUAGUUUUAUUAACAUGUAUUUUAUUACAAAAUGCUUUAAAAUUUAUAUUAUUAUCAAUUCAUCCAAUUAUAUUUAUCAAGGGUUAUCAAAUUUCAUUAGAUUUUUGUUUAAAUGUAAUUAAUGAAAUUAAAAUAUCACCAAUAAAAGAUAAUAAAAAUAAUGAAGAGAUUUUAAAAAAAGAGGAAAUAUUUGAAAAUGAAGAAUUUUUAAAACAUUUAUAUUCAGUUGCAUCUACAUCAAUAUCAUCUAAAAUUUUAGCAAGAUAUAGUGAUCAUUUUUCAAAGAUUGGCGUUGAAGCAGUUAAAAGAUUAAAAUUCAAUGAAACACAAGAUUUAAUUAGAGUUAUUGGUAUCACUGGAAAUUCAAUGUUAGAAUCACAAUUAAUAGAUGGAAUAUUAUUAGAAAUUGAUAGAAAUCAAUUAACCACUUUUAAAAUUGAUCAACAACAACAACAAAGCAACAACAACAACAACAACAAUAAAGAAAAUGAAAAAAUUAAAUCAAUUUUAAAGAAUCCAUCAAUUAUUAUUGGUAAAUUACAAUUGAAUAAAACUUCUUCAAAUCAAUUCCAAGGUUUAAAUUUAUCAAUUCCACAUUAUCAUGAUAAUAAUAAUAAAAAUAAUAAUAAUAAUUAUAAUGAUCAAAAUAAAGAACAAAGAGAUAAAAUUGAACUAUUAAUAAAAAAAGGAAUAAACAUUGUAAUAAGUGAUACGGAAAUAUCACCAUGGAUUGAAUUAAUUUUUAAAGAAAAUAAUAUAUUAUACUUUAAUAUUCCAGAUAGUAGAGAAUUGGAAAUUAUAUCACAUUGUAUUAAUUGUUCAUUAAUUUAUGAUCUUUCGUCAUUGUCAUUAUUAGAAGAUGAAAAAGAAAAACAAUCAUCAAUGAUAUCAAAACCAAAUUCAAUUGAAAUUUUACCAAUUGGCGAUAAAUUCUUUUUAAAAAUUUCAUUAAAUGGUGAUGAUGAUGAUGAUGAUGAUGAUAAUAAUAAUAAUAAUAAUAAACAAUUAUUAUCAUCAAAUGGAGCUACAAUGUUAUUAAGAUCACCAACUGAUACAAUGUUACAAGAAUGUAUUAGAUCAUUUAAAGAUAUGUUAAACAUUUUAUCAGCAACAGUUAGAAAUCCAUAUUUAAUUGGUGGUGGUGGUUGUACCUAUAUUGAAUUAUCAAAAAGAUUAAGAAAUAAAGCAAAUGAGUUUAUAACUGAUGAAAAAUUAUUAAUUUCAAUUAAUUGUUUUGCUGAUUCCUUGGAAAUGAUACCAAUGAUUUUAAUUCAAAAUGCAGGAUAUGAUAGUUUAGAUUUAUUAGGUAAAUUGAAAUUAGUUCAUAAAUCAACAUCAACCACAAAUACAACUACAAAUCCUUUAAAUAAUAUUUGGAAAGGUGUAAAUUUAAAUGAUGGUACUAUAGUGGAUAUGAUAUCAGAUUUAAAUGUAAAAGAACCAUCUUUCCUUCUUUCAAAUAUUUUAACUUUAUCAAGUAGAGCUGCUCAAAUGAUUUUAAGAAUAAAUAAUAAUAUUUUCAUUGAACCAAGAUCACAAUUUAAAAUUCCAAAUCAAUUAUAA